CUCACAGAGGAUUGCUCCCUUUUGAUGAGCUGCCAUGGGAGCUAGCCAGGGCCUCACGGCCGCGUGUCAGCCCUGUUACACAGAGUCCUGCUGUGAUGAUGAUACACUGGAUGAGAAAUCCACGACCUACACGAGACCCUUGACGGUGCAUGGCUUCAAUGUGCUGUCCUUUGGGCCGGGGAGUGGGCCAGCGGGGCAAGUCUUUGAGGAGACGCUGAGGGGGCUGAGCCGCUCUGACCGAAACCUGCUGCAGUUUGCCUCGACUCCAUGUCUGGCAGCUGUGAGGUGGCUCAUUUAUCAGGGCGCCUCCCCGGACGUGCAUGAUGCGAAUGGCACCACUGCUCUUCAUGUGGCAUGCAGAUCCGGCUCUUUACCUGUGGUCUGCGAGGUCUUGAAGUUCUCCCAGCUCUUGGAGGCCGUGGACAUCGCAGGUUGGACUCCGCUUCACAUUGCCGGGCACAUGGGUCGCUCAGAGGCUGUUCGAUUCCUCUUGCAGGCUCGUGCCAGCCCUCACCGGAGAAAUGCCGCGGGCCAGACACCUGCACAGAUCUCCUUGGAUCGCAUCACCCGCGAGGUGCUCCAAGCCGCCGCGGAGGAUGGCGACUGGGAAAGGGGUAUGGUCGCUCUGGGUGAUGCGGAGCAGGAGGUGGAAGAGGGUCCUGACGACUACUUCCCCGCCUUCAAUGCGAAGGAGGAUCGUGUGGGUGUUCCCCAUCAAUGCGAGCGGGAGCUCUUCUUCGUGACCCCGAAGGCAUCCAUCAAGGAGGUCACGACCUUCAGGAAGUCGCUCAUGAAGUUGCUGGUCCUGCUCUUCAAUCUCAAGCCCAGCGCGGGCUUGGCCUUUGCGGUGGCGUGUGGCCUUUCAGAAAGCUACGGUGCUGCCGCGAGGGCUCUGCUCCACACAGAGGGCGCAGACCGAAGCAAGAUAGGCAACUUCUUGGGGCAGGACUUUUCCCUUUGCUUGUUGGUGCGCUUUGGUGUGCUCGACAGCUUGCCUCUGCUAAGCACUGGGGUGAUUUCAUGCCUUGAGAUGUCGUUCUCAAGAAUUCAACUGCCCGAGGACAUGGAUCGAAUGGAGAGAUUGUUGCAUGCAGCUGCCUUGGUCUGGUGGCGUAAGCAUCGAGCUUUGUCCCCAUCGAUGUUGCCGACAGAGGGUGUGGGUGACGAAGACAAGGCCAGUCUGUCAAGAGAGCUGAUUGGCCAUGGGCUCUUGCAAUACAUCACCAGCGCGCAAGUGCUGUCGCAGCUGAUGUUUUCCACGGUCAUGCUGCAUCAAGUCAUUCACGGCGACGGCUGUGGAGAGACUGGGGCCAUGAGCUAUGAGGAAUGGGCCAGCAUGAACAAGGGCCUCGAGGACGUCCACAAAGACAUCCCAGGCUUUGUCUUGAGGCCCAUCUAUGAAACGAUUUGCGAGAAGUUUGUGCCAGAGCUGUGCAUGGCGCCUAGCUCUCAAAGUCCCACCUCUCGCAGCCAGCCGCGAUCACAUCUGGGAAGCGACUCGAGUGAAGAUGAAUUCAUGCCAUAUGGACAGGACAAAAAGGCCUCGCCCAUCUCGACCAACGGCCAGGCGCAGGUGACUGGGCCUUCGGCCUUCCAGCAUCUCGCACAGGCUGAGGGCUGGGUGCAGCUCAAUUGCCACUUGCCCAUCGUGGCAAGCCAGCAGAUUCGACCGGGGAGCGAGACCCUAAGUGAGGGCCUCAGCAGUGGCAUGAGUGUGGUCGGUGCCAAUGACGGCCUCACCGCACUCAUGAAGGUGAGAGCUGGUUCAGAUGCAGCCAUGCCUCCUGGCCCUUUGGAGCAUGGCUGGGUGUGGGCGAGCCUCUGCAGUAUUUGCCUCCUCUUUUCAACCAUGCCCCCCGGCAAGACGGUGGGCUCUGAGCUGGCCGCGCCGCACGCGGUGGUCGAUGUGAGGCUCCUGCAUGUAACUGACGUGGACCGUGAAGCACGAAGUCUCACGGUGGCCACCUUCAGCACACAUCCCUACCGGCUAAAGACCGAAGGUGCUGAAGAGGGCAGAGCCUUGGGGGACAUCCCCGUGGUGUUGUUGAUGGAAGAUGGACGAUUUCAGGAGCUCAGCUUGCCGCCCUUGGAGAUGAAGGUCGAGACCGAAGAAGAGCUGGAUGCUUGGGUGUCCCUUCUGGCGGAGAAGAAUAACAUCAAGCUCAAGGAUGGGAAGCAUGCCAUUACCUUGGCCUAAAGAAAGGCCGAGCUUGAGAAGUUGGGAGUGACCCAUGGGUGACCUUUGUAGGGUUUCUUUUCUAGUCUGA